CGACCGGCGCAGUGACUCAUCUGGCAUACAGACAAUCUUUGGUGUGACGUCGCUGCCUUCCACGAUCCAAGAUGGCGAAUAUUCGGUGUGUGAAGGGUAUGGUUGGCCUGGUGACGGGGGGUGCGUCCGGUUUGGGGCGGGCCACUGUGGAGCGUCUGGUUCAGAGUGGAGCGUCUGCCGUCAUCGUGGACCUGCCGUCCUCUGAUGGACAGACUCUGGCAGCCAGCCUGGGAGACCGAUGUGCCUUUGCUCCAGCAGAUGUGACGUCUGAGGCAGACGUGCAAUCAGCAGUGUCUCUGGCCAGAGAGAAAUUUGGGAAGUUGGACCUAGCCGUUAACUGUGCUGGCAUAGCCGUAGCCGUCAAAACGUACAACUUUAAGAAGGACACCCCUCACAGUCUGGAGGAUUUCCAGCGUGUGAUCAAUGUGAAUAUUGCAGGAACGUUUAAUGUGAUACGCCUUGCUGUUGGUGAGAUGGGGAAGAAUGAGCCUGAUGCCGACGGACACAGAGGAUGCAUCAUUAACACUGCCAGUGUUGCAGCUUUUGAUGGACAGGUUGGACAAGCAGCGUAUUCUGCUUCUAAAGGCGGCAUCGUUGGCAUGACACUCCCCAUUGCACGAGAUCUGGCACCCAUGGGCAUCAGAGUCAUCACCAUAGCACCUGGACUCUUCUCCACUCCUCUCCUCGCCAGUCUUCCAGAGAAGGUGCGCUCCUUCCUCGCCCGCCAGGUGCCCUUUCCCUCCCGCCUCGGAGACCCCGCAGAGUUUGCCCACCUUGUGACGUCGUUGGCUGAGAACCCAAUGAUUAACGGGGAGGUCAUCAGACUGGACGGAGCCAUCCGCAUGCAGCCCUGAAUCUGAGUUUUAACAUGUUGGCACAAGAAACUGAUCAAUAUGCUUGUAACGUCUGGUGUCUUCUGUAGAAGGUCUCAUAAACUCUCCUUAAUCAUUCGAUUGUAUGAAUCACAUCCAGUUGUUCUGACACUGAAAUUAUUCAAAAUUUAUUUAAGCGUCAGUUAUACAUAAAUAAUUCUGAUGUGACUUCCCACUGGCUUCAUUGAUCUGUAGUAAUACCAGUUAGAGGACAGCUAAAUCUCUAGUGCAGGAAAUGUUCUUGGUUUGAAGAACCAGGGACGGAUGUUGACGAGAGCGAAUCCAGAACUUCUUUUUAACAAUAAUCGGGUCAAAUUUCAGAACUUCAAACAAUAAAAUAAAUAUAGAGGGUUUUAAUUUGUUAUGACUCAGAUAAUAAGGAUUUAACAUCAAUUAUGAAACUCAUUCUGCUGCAGGAUUUCAGUAUAUUUAGUUUUUCAGCUUUGAGAAGACAGAGUCUCUGUGUUUGGAGUGCUUUAUCCUAGCUGACAUUCCAGAAAACAGAGCCACUCUUAUGUCCUUUGGAAUGCUGUAAACAGAAGGAAAAGACAAAAACAUUAAAGGUCAGACAGGAAGUACCACAUGGACAUGAUUCACGUUCAAACAUGAAGCAGAAUACUAUAGUUCUGAUGUGUGAUGUGUAGUCCAGUAGAGUUGUUUUUUUUUUUUUUUUUUUUGCUCUAACUACAAGAGCUGUGUGGUGUGUAUUGCUAAAACUUUUAGCAAACCUGUCGCCAUGGUUACAUGGGGUUUUUUAAUGCAGAAUUAAAUAAUUCAUAAUUAAAUAUUCUGAUUUGUGUUUA